AUGGUGGUACAGGUACAGAAGGUGAAUAAAGCUGGAUCCAAAGUUUUAGCCUUGUAGCCUACAAGACUUUGAUGAACACUGACAUUAAGACUCUUUCAUAAUAAUAUGCUAAACAGAUCAACUAAAUGAACAAUACACACAUCAUAUUGAUGCUGAAACAUUUCAGAAUGUUUAGCUUAAAAUGUUGAUCAACUGUGAUGCGUGAUUUGAAGGAGUCAGGCGCUGGAGGGUAAAUCACAGUAUACAGAGUUUAUUCUGUAAUCCAGCCUAACCAGUCUAGUGCGCAAAACAGGCGCACUGGAACAAACAUGCACAAAGGGAAAAUACCUCGGCAAUACAAAAUACUGAGCUCAACUGAGCUACUAAUCCUCACAAUGAACAAUCACCCACAAGGACAAGGGGGGCAGAGGGAACACUUAAACACGUACUAAUGAGGGAAUAUGAACCAGGUGUGUGUGAUUGAAAAGACAAGACAAAUGGGAUGAUGAGAUAUGAAGCGGCAGUGGCUAGAAGGCUGGUGAUGACGAACGCCGAAGCCUGCCCGAACAAGGAGGGGAGGCAGCUUCGGAGGAAGUCAUGACAGUACCCGCCCCUUGACGCGCAGCUCCAGCAGUGUGCCGACCCCGGCCUCGGGGACGGCCAGGAGGACACGGAGCAGGGCGAGCCGGAUGGCGACGGUAGAAAUCCUGCAACAGGGAGGGAUCGAGGAUAUCCCUCACUGGGACCCAGCACCGUUCCUCCGAACUGUACCCCUCCCACUCCACGAGGUACUGAAGGCCCCCCACCCGACGCCUCGAAUCCAGGAUGGAACGAACGGAGUACGCCAGGGCCCCCUCGAUGUCCAGAGGAGCCAGAGGGACCUCCCGCACCUCAGACUCCUGGAGCGGCCCAGCCACCACCGGCCUGAGGAGAGACACAUGAAACGAGGGGUUAAUACGGUAAUCAUGGGGGAGUAAUAACCUAUAGGUAACCUUGUUGAUUCUCCUCAGGACUUUGAACGGCCCCACAAAACGUGGGCUCAACUUCCAGCAGGGCAGGCGGAGGGGCAGAUUCCGGGUCGAGAGCCAGACCCGAUGCCCCGGUACAAAGACCGGGACCUCACUGCGGUGGCAGUCAGCGGUGGCCUUCUGACGACGCAUGGCGUGUUGGAGGUGGACGUGGGCAGCGUCCCACGUCUCCUCCGUGUGUCGAAACCAGUCAUCCACCGCAGGAGCCUCGGUCUGGCUCUGGUGCCACGGUGCCAGAACCGUUUGGUAACCUAAAACACAUUGGAAUUGCAUUAGGUUAGUGGAGGAGUGACGGAGAGAGUUCUGGGCAUAUUCGGCCCAUGGCAUUAGGACCGCAGGAACCUACCCACAUCCUGAUUUACCCGUUCCACCUUCCCAUUAGACUCGGGGUGGAAACCAGAGGUCAGGCUGACCGAGACCCCCAGACGUUCCAUGAACUCCUUCCAGAACUUGGAUGUGAACUGGGGACCCCGGUCAGACACUACAUCCUCUGGUACCCGUAGUGCCAGAAUACGUGUGUAAACAGGGCCUCCGCAGUUUGCAGGGCCAUGGGGAGACAGGGCAGAUGAAGGAGGCAGCAGGCCUUGGAAAAGCGGUCCACAAUGACUUUGGGAGAGGGGAAGAUCGGUAAGGAAAUCAACACUCAGGUGUCGUCGUUGUGGAACUGGUAAAGGUUGUAACUUACCCGCUGGGAGGUGCCUAGGUGCCUUACUCUGGGCGCACACCGAGCAGGAGGAGACAUACACCCUCACGUCCUUAGCCAAGGUAGGCCACCAGUACUUUCUGGUCAGGCAGCGCACUGUACAAAGCCCCAGAUAAACCUCUGAUAGUAGUUGGUGAAGCCAAUAAAGCGCUGCACCUCCUUAACCGUGGUUGGAGUCGGCCAAUUACGUACGGCUGAAAUGCGAUCUCCCUCCAUCUCCACACCUGAGGUGGUAAUGCGGUAUCCGAGGAAGGAGACGGACUGCUGGAAAAACAGACACUUUUCUGCCUUUGCGUAAAGGUCAUUUUCCAACAGUCGGGCCAGUACUUUGCGAACCAGGGACACAUGCUCGGCGCGCAUAGUGGAAUACACCAGAAUGUCAUCGAUGUAGACCACUACACUGCGACCAAGCAUGUCCUGAAACACCUCGUUCACAAAGGACUGGAAGACGGAUGGAGCAUUCAUCAAACCGUAGGUCAUCACCAGGUAUUCAUAAUGCCCCGUGGUUGUGCUGAAUGCUGUCUUCCACUCAUCCCCCUCUCGGACACACACCAUGUUGUACGAUCUAAUUUGAUGAAGAAGCGCGCCCCAUGCAUUGACUCGAUCACUGAAGGAAUGCGGGGGAGAGGAUAACUAAAUCGUAUCGUCUCCUUGUUCAGUGAUCGAUAGUCAAUGCAAGGGCGCAGACCGCCGUCUUUCUUCUUCACAAAAAAUAAACUUGAGGAGGCGGGUGAAGUGGAGGGACGUAUAAACCCCUGGCACAGGGACUCGGUGACGUUUGUUUCCAUAGCCUUCGUUUCAGCCUGUGACAAGGGAUAAACAUGACUCCUGGGAGGCACAGCGUCUACCCGGAGGUUUAUCGCGCAAUCCCCCGCCCGAUGAGGUGGUAACUUGGUUGCCUGCGUUUUGGAAAAAGCGUGCGCCAAAUCGAGGUAUUCGGGGGGAAUGCACACGGUGGAGGUACUGUCUGGACUUUCCACCGUGGUUUCACCAACGGAAACACUGAGACACCUACCCUGACACUCUCGCGACCACCCUGUGAGAACCCUCUGCGGCCAUGAGAAUGUGGGGUUGUGGAGAGCUAACCAAGGGAUACCUAGUACCACAGGGAAAACAGGAGACUCAAUGAUAAAAAAUGUGACUUGCUCGCAAUGAGUCUCGUGGGUAACCAUGGUGAUUGGUGCGGUAACUUCCCUAACAAAUCGGACCCUAAUGGUCGACUGUCAAGUGCUCUGAUGGGGAGUGGAAUGGAUAGGGGAACCAAUGAAAUGCCUAGACUGUGUGAGAAUGCCCUGUCCAUAAAGUUCCCAGCUGCACCUGAAUCGAUUAGCGCCUUACACUGGGGAACUACAAUGUGAUCAGGAAAGUGGAUGGGUAGGGUACAGUGCGCAGCAGAGGGCUCUGAACAAGUGUGGGUGUUCGAUACCUGGGGUGAUGCGAGAGUGCCCUGCCUGCCGCCUCCAGACCCAAAAGAACGCUGACGACAUUGUGCGGUGUAAUGUCCCUUCGUGACACCAGAGUGACACUGGUGCUGUCGUCCUCCGCUCUCUCGGAUCACGGCUCCACCCAGCUCCAUCAGCUCAUGAUCCGAGUUGGCCAGGGUUGGAACGGGCAGACCCCCUCCAGGACGUCCUCUGGCCGCCAGCAGGUUGUCCAAAUGGAUGGCCAUGUCCACCAGUUGCGUGAAGGACAACAUGGUGUCCCGGCAGGCUAGCUCGCUUCGGACGUCCUCCCGCAGAGAGCACCGGAAGUGGUCGAAACGGGCCCGCUCGUUCCACCCGGACCCAGCUGCUAGAGUCCGGAACUCCAAGGCGAAGUCCUGCGCAGUCCUCGUUCCCUGCCUCGGGUGGACCAGCCGCUCGCCCACCUCUCAACUUUCAGGCGGGUGAUCGAAGACAGCCCGAAAGAGGCGAGCGAACUUAGUUGUCCAACGCGGCUCCUCCUUCAUUCCAGACCACGUUGGCCCACUCCAGGGUUUUCCCCGAGAGGCAGGAGAUGAGGGUGGACACCUUCUCCUACUCCGAUGGGGCCGGCCUGAUGCUGGAGAAGUAGAGCUCCAGUUGUCCCGUCGAACUCCCAUGGUCGGGAUAUAUGGAUCCCUCUGGGUGCUGGGGUGUGGGUGGCUGGAUCCGGUUGCCCAACUGGUCUCGACAGAUUGGGUCCUCUCCUCUCCAGGCGUUGGACGACCGAUCCAUCGCUUCUCCCAAGCUGGCUAGCAUUGUUGAAUGCUCCUGGACCCGUGCCACGACUCCAGGCAUGCGCUCCUCUCCUGCUGACUCCAUUUCGGGUGGGUGAUUCUGUGAUGCGUGAUUUGAAGGAGUCAGGCACAGGAGGGUAAAUCACAGUAUACAGAGUUUAUUCCGUAAUCCAGCGUAACCAGUCCAGUGUGCAAAACAGGCGCACUGGAACAAACACGCACACGGGGAAAAUACCCCGGCAAUACAAAAUACUGAGCUCAACCGAGCUACUAAUCCUCACAAUGAACAAUCACCCACAAGGACAAGGGGGGCAGAGGGAACACUUAAACACGUACUAAUGAGGGGGAUAUGAACCAGGUGUGUGUAAUUGACAAGACAAGACAAACGGGAUGAUGAGAUAUGGAGCGGCAGUAGCUAGAAGGCCGGUGUCGACGAACGCCGAAGCCUGCCCGAACAAGGACGGGAGGCAGCUACGGAGGAAGUCGUGACAUCAAUGAUUAUUUCUUCACAUUAUAAGUGCAGCAAUGCGCACACGGCAGUAGUCUAUACACAUGAAUGUUCCAAAAUGCAAUUAGCAGAAAACACCGUUCUCAAAAGUGUUUCAUCGGACAGAGAUGAAAAUAUCCGUUAGAACUUUUUAAAGAGGGAAGAUCUAAAGAUGCAACAACUAGCAUGGAUUGCUAAUAUGACUAGGAUUGUGUCUUUGGUUGCUGGACAACGAAAUAAAGUUGAUUUCAAAACCAAUAAAAAAUGCGAGAAAUACUGGUUUCUGUGUUUAUAAAGUGUUUAUAAGCUAAUUCCCUCAACAUUCCUAUGUUUGGAACAAUCUAAACAUUGUUAGCUGACAUGGCUAAUGGAGUGACUGCAGUGACUGACAAAACAAUAUAAAAACUGCUGAUGCACAACCAAAUGUCAAACUUGCACCUUGUGUAUUCUAUUAUUCUUGGAAUGGCCUAGUCAAAGCCCAGACCUCAAUCUAAUUGAGAAUAUGUGGUAUGACUUAAAGAUUGCUGUACACCAGCGGAACCAUCCAACUUGAAGGAGCUGGAGCAGUUUUGCCUUGAAGAAUGGGCAAAAAUCCCAGUGGCUAGAUGGGCCAAGCUUAUAGAGACAUACCCCAAGAGACUUGCAGCUCUAAUUGCUGCAAAAGGUGGCUCUACAAAGUAUUGAGUUUGGGGGGGUGAAUAGUUAUGCACGCUCAAGUUUUCUGUUUUCCUGUCUUAUUUCUUGUUUGUUUCACAAUAAAAAAUAUUUUGCAUCUUCAAAGUGGUAGGCAUGUUGUGUAAAUCAAAUGAUACAAACCCCCAAAAAAUCAUUUUUAAUUCCAGGUUGUAAGGCUUCAAAAUAGGAAAAAUGCCAAGGGGGGUGAAUACUUUAGAAACCACUGUAUACAGUUUAAACCCUGGAUUGCUGAUGCUGUGUGUUGGCCAUUGAGAGGCUUUGAAUUCACCGGUCGGCCAUAUUGGCACUCCCCAGUACGAGCAGUCCUCCAAGGACAAUAUUACAUGUAUUUAAGUAUUUUCUAUUGUCGUGGGGACAGUAACAUUAGUAAUCUCAAAAAAUAUACUUUAAGGAACAUGAUUUUAUACAUAUACAGUACCAGUCAAAAGUUUGGACACACAUACUCAUUCAAGGGUUUUUCUUUCUUUAUUUUUUUAAACAAUUUUUUACAUUGUAGAAUAAUAGUGAAGACAUCAAAACUAUGAAAUAACACAUAUGGAAUCAUGUAGUAACCCAAAAAGUGUUAAUCAAAUCAAAAUAUAUGUUAUAUUUGAGAUUCUUCAAAUAGCCACCCUUUGCCUUUAUGACAGCUUUGUACACUCUUGGCAUUCUCUCAACCAGCUUCACCUGGAAUGCUUUUCCAACAGUCUUGAAGGAGUUCCCACAUAUGCUGAGCACUUGUUGGCUGCUUUUCCUUCACUCUGUGGUCCGACUCAUCCCAAACCAUCUCAAUUGGGUUGAGGUCAGGGGAUUGUGGAGGCCAGGUCAUCUGAUGCAGCACUCCAUCACUCUCCUUCUUGGUAAAAUAGACCUUACACAGCCUGGAGGUGUGUUGGGUCAUUGUCCUGUUGAAAAACAAAUGAUAGUCCCACUAAGCCCAAACCAGAUGGGAUGGCGUAUCGCUGCAGAAUGCUGUGGUAGCCAUGCUGGUUAAGUGUGCCUUGAAUUCUAAAUAAAUCACAGACAUUGUCACCAGCAAAGCACCCCCACACCAUAAAACCUCCUCCUCCAUGCUUUACGGUGGGAACUACACAUGCGGAGAUCAUCCUUUCACCCACACCGCGUCUCACAAAGACACAACGGUUUGAACCAAAAGUCUCCAAAUUUCCACCGGUCUAAUGUCCAUUGCUUGUGUUUCUUGGUCCAAGCAGGACUCUCCUUCUUAUUGGUGUCCUUUACUUGUGGUUUCUUUGCAGCAAUUCGACCAUGAAGGCCUGAUUCACACAGUCUCCUCUGAACAGUUGAUGUUGAGAUGUGUCUGUUACUUGAACUCUGUGAAGUAUUUAUUUGGGCUGCAAUUCCUGAGGCUAGUAACUCUAAUGAACUUAUCCUCUGCAGCAUAGGUAACUCUAAGUCUUCCAUUCCUGAUGGCGUUUCUCAUGAGAGCCAGUUUCAUCAUAGCGCUUGAUGAUUUUUGCUACUGCACUUGAAGAAACUUUCAAAGUUCUUGAAAUGUUCCGUAUUGACUGACCUUCAUGUCUUAAAGUAAUGAUGGACUGUCGUUUCUCUUUGCUUAUUUGAGCUGUUCUUGCCAUAAUAUGGACUUGGUCUUUUACCAAAUAGGGCUAUCUUCUGUAUACCCCCCCUACUGCCAAGAGUGUGCAAAGCUGUCAUCAAGGCAAAGGGUGGCUACUUUGAAGAAUCUCAAAUAUAAAAUAUAUUUUGAUUUGUUUAACACUUUUUUGGUUACUACAUGAUUCCAUUUGUGUUAUUUCAUGAUUUUGAUGUCUUCACUAUUAUAUACUUAAUUACAUAAGUAUUCAGACCCUUUGCUAUGAGACUUGAAAUUGAGCUAAGGUGCUUCCUGUUUCCAUUGAUCAUCCUUGAGAUGUUUCUGCAACUUGAUUGGAGUCCACCUGUGGUAAAUUCUAUUGAUUGGACAUGAUUUGGAAAGACACACACCUGUCUAUAUAAGGUCCCACAGUUCAGUGCAUGUCAGAGCAAAAACCAAGCCAUGAGGUCGAAGGAAUUGUCCGUAGAGCUCCGAGACAGAUCUGGGGAAGGGUACCAAAAAAUCUCUGCAGCAUUGAAGGUCCCAAAGAACUCAGUGGCAUCCAUCAUUAUUAAAUAGAAGAAGUUUGGAACCACCAAGACUCUUCCUAGAGCUGGCAACCCGGCCAAACUGAGCAAUCGGGAAAAAAGGGCCUUGGUCAGGGAGGUGACCAAGAACCUGAUGGUCCAAGAUUGAACUCUUUGGCCUGAAUGCCAAGCGUUACAUCUGGAGGAAACCUGGCACCAUCCCUACGGUGAAGCAUGGUGGUGGCAGCAUCUUGCUGUGGGGAUGUUUUUCAGCGGCAGGGACUGGGACUGGUCAGGAUGGAUUGAAAGAUGAACGGAGCAAAGUACGGAGAGAUCUUUGAUAAAAACCUGCUCCAGAAUGCUCAGGAUCUCAGACUGGGGCGAAGGUUCACCUUCCAACAGGACAACGACCUUAAGCACACAGCCAAGCCAAUGCAAGAGUGGCUUCGGGACAAGUCUCUGAAUGUCCUUGAGUGGCCCAGCCAGAGCCCGGACUUGAACCCGAUCGAACAUCUCUGGAGAGACCUGAAAAUAGCUGUGCAGCGACGCUCCCCAUCCAACCUGACAGAGCUUGAGAGGAUCUGCAGAGAAGAAUAGGAGAAACUCCCCAAAUACAGGAGUGCCUUGUAGCGUCAUACCCAAGAAGACUCAAGGCUGUAAUUGCUUUUUAUUUAUACAUUUGUAAAUGUUUCUAAAAACUUGUUUUCGCUUUGUCAUUAUGGGGCACUGUGUGUAGAUUGAUGAGGGAAAAAAACAAUUUAAUCCAUUUUAGAAUAAGGCUGUAACGUAACAAAAUGUGGAAAAAGUCAAGGGGUCUGAAUACUUUCCGAAUGCACUGUAAAUAAUUAGUUUGAAUCAACAUACCACGUUACAAACUGUUCCUCUCCUGGACAUUAUCAUUGGAUAUUGAUAGUGUAAAUAUUUUCAGCGAACUCGCAGUGCAGUUUUCCUUUAUCUGCAAUUGAUUGAUUUGUGGCCUUAGUACCAACGGUUGAAAAUGUUAUCCAGAGUACCUAUAAAUAGUUUGUUUUCUGAAAUCCUCAUUGAGUGCUUGUCUUUGUCUUGUCAUUGUCUCCUUACAGUGAAUUUUAGGGUCAUCACCUUGGAUACCAGUUUUAGCCCUGUCAAUCAGCUGGUGAGUGUUCAAAAUGUGAAUUACAUUUUUUUAUCUUGCCCUUAUUUUACCAGAUAAGAUGACUGAGAACACAUUCUCAUUUACAGCAACGACCUGGGGAAUAGUUACAUGGGAGAGGAGGGGGGAUGAAUGAGCCAAUUAGAAGCUUGAAUAUUGAAAACAAUGACCUAUUUGGUCGUCCUUUAGAUCCGUAUCUUCACUAUUUUAAAACAAAAAGACAUACAGAAGAAUCACAAGUAUCCCAACAUCACAAUACUAUGUGAUAGACAUAGCAAUCAGGUAUGUACAGCAUCGUCCAACCAACUCAGUUGCCUUGUGGUUAGAGUGUCUGCCGUAAGAUUGGAAGGUUUGGGGUUGAGCCAUACCCAAGACUCUAAAAAUGGGACCCGAUGCCUCACUGCUUGGCACUCAUCAUUAAGGAGAUGGAUUGGGAGUAAAACCCAAUGCCAGAAAAUAUUUUCUGUAUUUCAGAUUGUUCUGGUAAUUCUAACCCAACCCUUCUCACAUACUGUAUGAACUUCAUUGGGAGGAAGGAUGUUUGAUUUGCUUUUUAUAUUUGUAUCACAAAACAUUUAGUUUUAAAUCAUGAUAAAGUGGUCAUUUUAGGCCCUUUUUAGACCUAAACAUGGCUUCUGUAAGACCCUAUGAUCCGUGAAACGAAUGUGAUACAGACAACAUAUUGGUGUCAAUAUACUCCUUAUAGUGUGCUCUAAAAUAUGGAGUAUGUCUAGAUUCUGAAAUAUAAUUUUUCACAUUAAUUUUUUCAACAUUCAAAAUAUGAAUAUCUCAAAAGUACACUUUUUUAUGUUAUACAUUUUUUAAAAUCAGAAUCACCUAUUCGCCAAAUACUUUUGUAUGUACAGGAAUUUGACUUGGUGUAAUGGUGCUGCCACAAUAAGAAUAUACAAACAGAGGAUAAACAGGAUAUACAGACAACAUACGUAGAAGAGAUCCACAUGCGGUACACAAAUCCACAUGCGGUAUGUACACUAAUUUAGCUACGUUUUUAUAGUGAAGCUUGUAGUUCUUAGCUUACAGUGUAGUAAGCUAAGAACUACAAGCUUCGCUAUAAAAACGUAGCUAAAUUAUGUAUGUAUAAAUAAAUAAAAAAUGUACAGGAUGAUGUGCAAUGGGGAAAAUAUAUACAGUGGGGCCCAAAAUUAUUGACACCCUUGAUAAAGAUGAUCAAAAAUGACUGUAUAAAAUAAAUAAUUCCAAUACUAUACUUGAUAAAAAUGAGCCAAAAAUGACUGUAUAAAAUAAAUCAUUCAAAAACUAUAUUGUAUUUAUACUAUACUGACAUGAAAAUAGAGCUUUUGGCAAUGCACACCAGUGGUGGGUUUGGCGUCAAAAUGAGCAUGCAUGAGCAGAAAAUAACCCCAUACCUACUGUAAAAUAUGCUGGUGGAUCUUUGAUGUUAUGGGGCUAUUUUGCUUCCAAUGGUCCUGGUGCCCUUGUUAAGGUCAACGGCAUCAUUAACUUUAUCCAGUACAAGGUCGUUUUAGCCAAAAAAUUGUUGCCUCUGCCAGAAGGCUGAAACUUGGCCGCAAGUGGAUCUUCCAGCAAGACAAUAACCCCAAGCACACAUCAAAAUCCACAAAGAAAUGGUUAAUUGGCCACAAAAUUUACAUUUUGCAUGGCCAUUCUCAGUCUACGGGCUUGAAACCCAUUGAAAACCUGUGGUUUAAAUUGAAGAGGGCAGCCCAUAAGCGCAGACGAAGAAUAUCAAGGAUCUGGAAGGAUUCUGUAUGGAUGAAUAGUCUAAGAUUUCUCCCAAUGUGUUCUCCAGCUCAGUGCCAUUAUCCUCACAAGGUGAGGUAUUGAAAGAUAUUGAAAACAGGGGUGUCAAUAAUUUUGACCCUUACAUUUGUUACAUCCCCCCCCCCCCCCCCCCUUUUUAUACACAACAGCUCUUUCUCUGAUCAAUUGUAUAUAUAUACAUUUUUUUUUUUAUUUAAAUAAAAUAUAAUUUCUCCAUAUUUCUUUGCAUACAAUAUAGCUCAGUAUUUGAAUUAUUUAUUUUAUACAGUAAUUUCUGCUCAUCUUUAUCAAGGGUGCCAAUCAUUUUAGAUCCCACUGUAUAUGAAAGUGUGCAUAUGAGGAUGUGCAGAAAGUGCAAAGAGAAGUGUGCAGUUCUAGGAUGAUAGUGCAGGGUGUAUAGUCCGUGGAUGGAUAGUGCAGAGUGCAUAGUCCAUGAAUGAGAAGAUCAUCGUGGACAAGGUGGCCGGUUGGUGAGGGCCAUGGCCCGGGGGAAGAAGCUGUUCAGGUGGCGGGAGGUUUUGGUAGUGAUUGACCUGAACCAUUUGCCAGAGGGAGUCUUUGGAAGGGGUGGAAGAGGUCGGUGAUGAUCUGUCCUGCACGCCUCCUUGCCCUGGAGUCGUGCAAGCCCUAGACGGAGGGCAGGUGGCAGCCGAUGACCCUCUCAGCAGAGCGGACAAUCCGUUGCAGUUUGCCCUUUGACCGGGCAGACGCAUUCCCUAACCAGAGAGUGAUCAAGGAGAUAAGGAUGUACUAGAUGAUGAUUGUGUAGAACCGAAUCAGUAUUGCCCGUGAGAGUUAGAAUUUCUUAAACUGACAUAAGAAGUACAUCCGCUGGUGUGUCUUAUUGGUGAUCGCUGUGAUGUUGUCCUCUCACUUGAGGUUGUGGGAGAUGAUCAUCCCCAGGAAUUUUUAUAUCUCAGCCGUGCUUACAGCUGAGCCAUUGAUUUCAAGAGGGAGAGAUGGUGAGGGACGCUUCCUGAAAUCAAUCACCAUCUCCACAAUGGUUUUAAACAAUUGUACAGUACAAUAUACUCUACAAGUACUGUACAUCAAAUUUGGAAAAUGGAUUCAAAGGGUACUCCCUCUGCUGGUGAUUUGCUGACUGUGAUUAGUUAAUGACCUAUAAUGUCAAUUUCUAUGUAUAAAAUGGGUCAUAUCUUCAAAGUAGCAGAGCACGUGUUUGAAGAGUAUAUUGUUCCAAACAAUAUGUCUAAAAAUGAACUAAAUCAAAAAGGGUACUUCUGUGAUAUUCAUAUAAAUAUUUUUAAUGUAGUAAAAUUGUAUUUCAGAAUCUAGACAUGCCUCAUAUUUUAGAGCAGACUAUAAGGAAUAUAAUGAGUCUAAAAAGGGGGCUAAUAGGUCAGUUUUCAUUAUGAUAAAAAAAAAUGCUUGUGAUACAAAUGUAAAAAGCAUAUCAAACAUCCUUCCUCCACAUGAAGUUUCUAUGUGAGAAUGGCCAGAACAAUCUGAUACCAAAAAUAUUUUCGGCCCUUCCUAGCGUGGAAUCGCUCAGCAUUCUGUCCAGGCUGCCUCACGCUACAGAAUCAAUCAAUCAAAUGUAUUUAUAAAGCCCUUUUUACAUCAGCAGAUGUCACAAAGUGCUUAUACAGAAACCCAGCCUAAAACCCCAAACAGCAAGCAAUGCAGAUGUAGAAGCACCGUGGCUAGGAAAAACUCCCUAGAAAGGCAGGAACCUAGGAAGAAAGCUAAAGCGGAGGGGUGGCCAGUCCUCUUCUGGCUGUGCCGGGUGGAGUUUAUAAGAGUACGUGGCCAUUAAGGCCAGAUCAUUCUUCAAGAUGUUCAAACAUUCAUAGAUGACCAGCAGGGUCAAAUAAUAAUCACAGUGGUUGUAGAGGGUGCAACUGUUCAGCACCUCAAGAGUACAUUUCAGGGUUUUGAAGAAACAUAGUCUUCUGAGCAGAGGGAAACAUGUGAAUGUCCCGGCUGUAAGGGUCUGGGUUGGGUGUGUGAGCCAGCGAUAAAAUCGAUUAGUUUCUCCAGUGACCAGAUAGGACAGACUGACCCUAGCCCCCCAGCACAUAGACUAUUGCAGCAUAAAUAUUGGCGGUUGAGACAGGGGGGUCGGCGGACACUGGCUCGCUACUCCAUCAUGGUGUUCAGUAGAGAGGGCACCAGCACAGUGACAGUACAGUCUCCCAGUGGGGGACAGCACCUCUUCGAAGUGAACCAAAACAACAAGCUUCUCUCCUUGGUAGAGGAGAGGGCGCUGCAGGACACAGAAGGGAAGUACAGUGUGGAAGUGAAGGGCAGUGCUUGUGCCUCAGUGCAGGUCAGUGAAUACACACCUCUCCUCCCAAUCCUAUGUUGCCAAAAUAUGGUUUAAUCUAUCACUAAAGCUACAGUCUGGGAAUGUUUUUUCUGCAAAACAGCAGCCUUGUGCCACUUGAUUUGGUAUACAGCUGAGGGAUGGGGCUGGGGAAACUCCUUGUGAACCAUUUAUGCUAUAUUCUUCAAGAAUAGAAGUAACCAUCAUACAUAUAUCCAUAUCCCAGACUGAAGAAGCCUCUCCUGACUUUUUUAUAGUUUAUGAAAUAUAAUUUAUUUCUAGCUCAUAAAAUGUUACUUUUUUAUUUCCCAGGUGGCGCUCCACUACAACAUCCCUACUCCUACUGACAGCACAACGCUCAGUAUCCAGGUGAAGCCAGAGGUCGACUGCAACAGCAACUCUUUGAGACCCAGUCACGCUGAAAUGUAUAUGGUGUUAAUGUGA